UUAAUGUUAUGAUAGUUUAAACAUGAAUAGAAAAUGUCCCACCUACAUAUCAAUUGUUAUAGUAGGUUUUAUUUCCAGGUCAUUAAAAGGAACAUUGAUAAAGCCGUACAGUGAAAAGGCAGGAUUUGGAACACAUCCCGGUGGAUUAUUACAGAUUAAUGAAUUUUCGGACGAAUUGGAAGGACAAUAUUCAUGUUUUGCGACAACUUCUGCUGGAACAGCUGAACACACGUUUGAGUAUAGGAUUGCAGAGAAUUGUAACGUCAGAAUAUUCUCUGGACCUGUGUCAAAGAUAAAAAAGAAAAAUAAACCAGCUUUACUACAAUGCAGGGUGGACCAUCGGGCAAAAGAAGUUCGAUGGAAGAAAGAUGGAGUUUACAUUGAUUAUAGAAAAAAUGAUAGAAUCCAGAAAAUGGGUAAUAACUACCUACAUAUCUUAAACGUUACAAUGCAGGACGCGGGAGUUUACCAGUGCGAGGCCGAAGACGAAAGCGGUUGCUAUAGUUAUAAGGAAGGCAAACUUCAGGUGGUAGACGCAAAGCCUUCCAGUUCACACUGUGGAAUAUCCGUUCAUGAUGAGGUAAAAAUACAGUCAAGAAUUUCAAAGGGAAAUGAAGUACCCCCUAAAUUGUAUCCAUGGCAUGUUACAAUCAGAUCUACAGGAGUAAGUAAAACGAUAUAUUAUUAAGAAUGUUUAAAGUGUGAAGCAAAAUAUAUAAUCUCUCAAGAAAUUAAAAUACCCAAAAUGUCACAUGUUCAUUUAGCUAUUAAUCUCUCUGUUUUUGUAUUGUACAUGCUCAUUCAUAAUUUAUAAUUUUAGAUUUAGAUUUUAUUACAAAAUACACGUGGGCAUUAUACCCAUAAGUACACAGCAUACAUACAUACAUACAUACAUACAUACAUACAGACAGACAGACAGACAGGCAGAGACAUUUUAACAUUUUAGUAUAACAUUUACAGUUUAUUUGAGACAUAAGUUUGGUUUAAAAGGACAUAUUCAUGAUAUUACAGCAAGUU